GUCAUAGGUGCCGACGGUAGUUAACCUUGGAACUUUUUUUUCUUCGCGCCGUUCCGUCAACGCCACCUCUCCCCCAUCCUCAACCCGACAUGUCCGGAGCCACCACAGGCAGCCUCGACAAUGUCGAGAGGCAUCGUCUGCAGCUUGAGGAAAACAUUUCCCAGCUGCGCAAGGCUCUGCAACACUGGCAGACCUGGGAUGCCGAGUACGAGGCCUUGAAGGAGGAGGUCGAAGCUGUCACGGAUGAUAGCAGCUCAAGCGAUGAGCUGCAGCGGGUCCACGACGACUUCGAAGGUGAGCUCCUGCGCGGAAAGGAGCUUGACGAAAUCUUUGGCAUCUCCCACCCGCGGCCAGCUGAUCAAAUCAUCAGCCUCUUGCAGCGGCGCAUCGACUAUGUCUCCAAGAGCGUGGGCAGCUUGCAGAAGCAGCUUGACGCGGCAGAGAGCCAACAUGCCACCCUCGCAGCCGCGGUGGAGGAGCAUGAUGGUUUCGACGAGGAUGGCCAACCGAUCACGGAAAUUGUCGAGGAGUUGGACGACGAUGAUAAUGUUCUGUCGUACAAGUUGAACCGUCCUGGAGACGCAGUGCCGAAGGUCCGAGAGGCUCUGAAAAAGGCAGGCGUUAGCUCUUCGACAAACUCCGAAAUCCCGCCCACAACCGGGGACGCAACGAUUUCCUCAGCUCAACACGAGUCCAAGCCUGACCAACCGAAGCCGAAGGCUGUGGAUCGUUCUCAACGGGCCGCUGAAGCGCUCCCUGUGCCUGAGCCCAAGAAAGCCGUGUCCUUCACGGAAGAUACGCUCAUGGAAGGCAUCACGAAACCCGCACCUGAGCCUAAGAUGUCCCGCCAGGCAAGACGCGUCGAGCAAAUCAUGAAGACCGCAAAGGAGCAGGAGGAUAUGAGCAUGGAAACGGCUGUGAUUCCCGACGACGAGGACGAAGAUGACGCCGCACUACGACAGCAGAUGCUGAGCUACAGCAUGGGCGAAGUCGGUGCAGUCGUCGCUGAGCUUCAGCUUGAGGAGGACGGUACCGACUACGAUGAUGACGAAGGAUUCGAUUACGGCGACGAAGGCUUCGCUGAGGAGGAGGACGAAGACGACGAAGACAAGUGGGGGCGAUCAACACGACAGAUCGUCACAGACGACUAUCGUCAGCGUAUGCUCGAGCUUGAGAGGAGCCUCGGCAUCAAGUCCCGCUUUACCGAACAGGCCGCCGACGAGGAAGGCGAGUCUUCGGACGAUGGUGAAGGCAUCGGCCGCAUAGUCGUCAAGAAAUCCGAAACUUCCUCGUCGGCGUCCAAACCAGCGCCGACAAAGUCGAGCUUGAAAGACAAGCAGUCCAACGGCGAAGAGCGCAAGGGUGUGCGGUUCGCUCAAAACCUCGACAUUGCUCCGGAGACGGACACGCAGCCGGAGCCAGUCGCUCCAGCUGUCAAAGAGAGAGAAGAACCCAUUGUCGAUCCUCUCGGCGAUAUCGUUGAACGUACGGGACCCCCCAAGUCGGCAGAACCCCCGACUCCCCGCAGACCGUCCCGCUUCAAGAAGGCCAGAGGUGAGGGUCUUUCAAGUGGAGACCUGCCCAAGGGGCCCUUUGAUGCUCCUCCACAGUUCCUAGACAAUGAUCAGGAACGAGAGAUCCCGACCGGCCCCGAGGGCACGACGCUCGCCGAACGUCUUGUGGAGAGAGAACCCACCGCCGCGCCUUCUGCCGUCGUCGAACCCUUGGAUCAGAACGCAGUGGCCGACGAAUACCAACGGCUGCGGAAGAGAUUCAUCCAGCGACAAGGAGGGUUCCUCUGGGAGGACGAGACUCCGACCCGAGAAUCCGUCGGCGGCGAUGAGCCGCAAGAACACGUGAGCCGUUUCAAGGCUGCCAGACUUUCUCGCCAGUAGUGGGACUGUCUGGGCGACCAAAGAAGAAGAAGAAGAAACGAGUAGAAACCAGCAUUGGAGCAUUUAGAGGGCGUAGUCAUGUACGAAUCCAUAUGUCUUCCAGCCCCUGGCUCUUCAUCUUUUGUUUGAGUUGUCGUCUUGGUGACAUGCUGACCAGCGAGCUCGCUCUAUACCUGCGACUAUUCCGGAAGGCGCUCUAUCUGACAAUUGGUGGGUUGCAGCUUGUCCAUCUGCUCCCCAUUACCGCGCGAUUCCAAGAUCGAACCAUUUUCUGAUUACAAAAGGGCUCUCUGACGCCAUGACCCUUGUUUGACUUCUCCGUGGUCUUGGCGAUUCGUUUCACCCUUUACAUUUUAGUUCGUAAAAGUAAUGAAAGCGAUAUCCGCCUCCGGUG